UGGUAAACAGUAGAAAUAUGUAACAUAUCACGCAGGCGCAAAAUGUAUUAAAGUCUCGUCUCGUUUUCCAAUAUUCAACGUACUUCAUAUCAGUUGCUCGUAGCAGAUUCAGUUUGACGGUUGGUGAAGUGGGGGACUGAGACUUCUUCGUACAACACGCAACAGCACGUAUAUUUUGUGUAAAUAGGCGAAUCUGAUUAAUGAUAUAGUCUGAUUGAAAUAAUUACCAUUUCAAGCAGAUACAAUCAAUUGUUUGUAUAAGGAUCUGAAACAUACUUCUAUAAACAGUGACGCCGGAUUAUAAGUGACAGCGAUGUGACGUUUAAAAUCGUACAUAGAUCGUAAAUAUAGUGUUAAACCAAACUCAAAAGAUGGCAACUUGGCAGAGUACACCUGGUGCAGGAUAUUAUCCAGGGCAACAAGGUUACCCUCAACAAAAUCCUGGGUAUCCUCCUCAGGAACCCUAUAAUCAAGGAUAUCCACCUCCUUACGGUGCAAAUCCACCAGGUCCUGGUUUCAUUCCUCCAGGCGCUCCUCCCUACGGACACGUUCCACCACCUGGUCCAGGAUUUGCUGCAGGACCACAACCAGGCAUGUACGGGACAAACUAUGCAGACGACUCUAUGCCACCCGAAGUCAAAGGGUUUGAAUUCAGUGAAAAAUCCAUCAGAAAUGGAUUUAUUAGAAAAGUAUAUAGCAUACUGAUGUGUCAGCUUCUGAUUACAGUAUCAUUGAUAUCGUUGUUCCUUUAUCAUCGUCCAACGAAAAUGUGGGCGAUGGCUCAUCCAGAAAUGUUCUGGAUUUGUUUUGUAGCAACUUUUGUUCUGAUUAUUUGUAUGGCUUGCUGCACAAGUGUGAGACGAAAAGCUCCUAUGAAUUUCAUAUUUUUGUUUCUGUUUACAAUAGCAGAAGGUUUUCUUCUAGCUGUUGCUGCUUCAACAUACAAUUCUGAAGAGGUAUUACUGGCUGUUGGAAUUACUGCAGCUGUUUGCCUUGCACUGACAUUAUUUGCAUUUCAAACGAAAUUUGAUUUCACUGGUCUCAAUAGUAUUUUAUUUGUUGCACUGAUUAUUUUUAUGCUUUUUGGAAUAAUCGCAAUAAUCUGGAGUAGUAAGAUUAUGACUUUAGUAUAUGCAUCGAUUGGAGCUUUGCUGUUCUCUAUUUAUCUAAUUUACGAUACGCAAAUGAUGAUUGGUGGUAAUCACAAAUAUUCGAUUUCUCCGGAAGAGUACAUUUUUGCAGCACUGACUCUUUACAUCGAUGUUGUUAACAUUUUCCUUUAUAUUUUAACCAUUAUUGGCGUCGCACGAGAUUAAGUAGUAUUACACACAUUUUUGUCGUUAAUCUCGAACGCAUAAUGCUUUUACUUACUAUUAUUCUGUUUUGACUCUCUUUGGGCAAAGAGAGAGUACAUUACAGAUAAGAAGCAAUUAGAGAUGUGAAAAAGAUGAUAUUGGCAGAAAAAAAGUUAAUUUUUAUGAAAUAUAGCUUUUACACAUUUUUUCAAGAUAUAGUUAACACAAAAAACUGUUUUAAUGUUCGACCUCUAGUCUCGUAAGUCAAAUAAUUUCUAUCAUACUAAAGAAAGAUAAGCUAAAUCGUUAAUACAGUUAAGAAUGUGAAUGCAAAUAAUAAUAUACAAAACAUAAAAAGUUAUAUAUACGUACGUUUAGGUAUUCAUUUCAUUUCUCAAUUGAGGAAAGUAUUAUAUUCAUUUUCAUUGAAUUUACUUAAUGAAAUAAUUUAUUUUCUGAAAAAUAGAUUUACAUUUUGUAAAUUUGUCAUAACAUAAAAAAUAUUACAUAGAUCCAGUAAACCAAUGAUCCAUCUAAUAUGAAUACUAGAAGUGUGUGAGAACCCGAAUAUCAGGAUUCUGAGUCGUGGUUCGGAACGAACUUUGUUUAAUACAGCCAUUCAAUAGUUAUUUGCAAACAUUUCCAAUUCACGCUCAUUACAUAUUGAACAAAGCUUGUUCUGUUACAUGACUUUUGGUUUCUCGAAAUCUCAGGAAUCCCAACGUUAUGUUUCACGAGGUACUUCAUAAAACCUGACUCGAGUGUUGGGUAUUCGACAUUUUCAAGUUCCCGCACACAUCUAAUGAAUAUAUUUUAGUAACAUUAAAGUCGGUAUAGUAGAUUUAGUGAUAUAUAAUAUUUGAAUGUUAUUAAAAUUUCAAAUUAUUCUAGACGUAUAUACGCAUUCAUAUUUAUCCGUUAUGUGUGUUGAAAAAAUAUGUUAUUUGAUCAUAUUUCCGUAAUAAAAGAAAUAUUGUAAAAUAUUGAUUAAUAUUUUAAUUCCUUGAGAUAAAAAGUUGUUUAUUACAUUGUAAUAUCUUACAGUAAGCCUAUGUUGAUACAUUGUAAGAACAAAAACACAACUGUAUACAUUACGAAAAAAAAAACAUAAAUGUUAAGUUUAACAACACAAAUGAUUGUAUUAUAAAUCAGUUCUUGGUAAAUAUUUAAUAUUCUUUAUAUUGUUUAUCGCUGAGGGAAAUAAAAAACAAUUCUCUCGAAAUCGUGAAUGUUUAUAUUUGUAGUAAAUUAGUUUUACACAAAUAGAAUAAAAGCUCUUGGUCUUCAGCUUUCAGACUUUUAACUUAAAGUUUAAAUAAGUAUAUGUAGUGCAACGUCUGUAUGAAAAAGCAUUCAAUGUUCACAUAGAUUUUAAAGAUUAAAAAGCCCACAUUCAUUCUCACUCUUCUCAUUAUGGUAACAAAUUGCAGCCUCAUAACAAAUAAAUUGUUUCUAGUUGACUUUGUUCGUGCAACAACGCAUGAAAUUUUACAUAGAAAAUAAAGCUCCAUCAACAGUGUAUGUUGAUGCUUGUUCCUUAUGUUCCUUAUAAAAGCUGUGAUGGAGCUUUAACGUUUGUAUAAGUACAUGCAACAGACACAUUUAUAAAUACAAUCAUAUAU